UUGCUGGCAGCCAUGAGGAUCCUACCAAUUGUGCUACUGACCUUGAUAGCAGUCCAUUCUGGCUGCGGAAAAAAGCAGAGCAAGAAAGCCAAGGACAAAGGCCCCUGCGGCAAGCCAUUUCUCAAGGAGCUAAACGGGAAGUGCUACUACGUGGCCCACAAAAAGCUCAACUGGUUCGGGGCCCAGAACAACUGCCUGCGCAAGGGCCUCAACCUGGCGGACGUGGCCACGCGGGAGGACUUCGAGGCGGUGGUGCACUACGUGACGGUGCAGGUGGGCAUGGACGACUACUGGUUCGGCGGCAACGAUUUGCAGACGGAGGGUCGCUUCCAGUACAUCAGCAGUGGGAAGCUGGUGCGCUACAUGGGCGAGCACGGCAUGGUGGAGCCGACACACCGCUCCAACAUGGACGACUGCCUGGAGAUCAGAAUCCGGCCCAAUCGCACCGUCGUCCUGGACGUGAACUGUCAGGAGAAGAAGUUCUUCGUCUGCGAGCAGAACCAGGGCAAGUGCGCCGUUCCCACGGCGGACAGUAGCGAUGCCAAUGGCCAGCACCACAGCCACGAGCAUCUGCAUCACUUCCACCACGACGCGGGCAAGGAUAAGCCGGAGAAGGAUAAGCCGGAGGCGGGGAAAAAGGCACACAGUGUGGAAAGCGACUCGCGGCCAGCUGAUAAUUCGAAUUCAACGGAGAUCGGGGUCUCGAAGGAGACGGAGGCGGAGGGCACGACGGCUGGAGGUGAGGGUGAGACGACUCCGGAGGGCGGAAAGGAUGGGGCAACCACUGGUGGCGAAGGCGGAACGACGCCAGCGGAGGGAGCGGGGGCUGGAGAGUCCACGGCUGCGCCAGAUGCAGCCGCCACUACGGCGGCAGGAGUCACUGAAGCGAGCGCUGCUCCAGGAGCAGAGGCCACCACCGUUGCAGCAGCAGCUCCCGAGGGGGGGGCAGCCCCGGAAACAACUCCAGCUCCGGCGGCCUGA